AUGCCAGAGUCAGGUUAUGCUGUACAUCGAGAAGCUUCUGGAAAGCUGCUGGCUGGUGCAAACGCUCUGUUCUGGCUUAAUGUACUGCAACCGAUGGUACAUCCUGCGUGUUUAUCAAGACAGGAAGUCCGAGAGGUCUUGCUGUUGCUAUUGGAGGAGCUUAGAAAUGCUGACGGUGUUUACGAGGAGUUGAUGAAGAAAAAUGAGCGCUUUUGGGAUCUGUUGAGGCUACCUUUAAAGCUAGAACCGCUGUAUCAAGGUGUGAGUACGUUGGCGCUCUGUGGUCACGAGAUCGCUGCAAAUGAGGCAUUGCAGCUGCUAGCAGUCUUUGCUAAGCAAAAUACAGUAUUCUGUAAACAAAAGAGGGCUACACCCAUGGGGCUCUCCAUCGUCACCUCUGUGGGUCUUCUUGCUCCGCUGGAAAUUUCAAUCGCAAGAGAACUGCCUAAGGCAUUUUGUGAGCCAUUGUCGCAGCCGUUCAUUAAGCUGAUAAGAGACUGGCACAUGGUAGUCGAUGAAGUGCUGGAUAUCCUCGGAAAAUUUCUUGCCGGCAAGUGGGUGUCGUGCGAACAAGCUUCGCUCGAAAAAAUCGUUCAACAACACCGUUGA